UGCAAUCCAGCGGCCUGGAACAUUUGUAAUCCGACAUUAGCCGUCUGCGGAUCGUGGCCCGAAGACGAGCAGCGACCAAUACCGAUACCGACACCGACAGACGCAUAGAAAAAAUAUCCCAAAAGCAAAAGCAGCAGCAACAGCAGCAGCAGCAUCGCAUCGAGCAGAAGAUUCACCCAUUCCAUUCCGUUCCAUUCUCCUCCUGAUUACUGGAUUCGCGAUUCGCGUUUUCUUCUUCUACGAGAGAGAGAGAGAGCAGAGCAGAGCAGAGCAGGGCAGUGCAGAGCGUGUUUUUGCCGAGAGAGCUGUCAAAGCGUCACAGUUACAGUUAGUUGACAUUAAUCCGCCAGAGAAGCGCAGAAGAGAUUAACGAGGGGGAGCCAAAUACGAGAAAUACACGAAAAAUACGUGAUUCGCGAGUGCAAAACAAAAAACAAACAAAAAACAAAAAAGAAAGAAAGAGAAAAUAAUAUUGAGAACCCACAAAGUGCCGAGUGAUUUUCCCCCCAGUGAUCCAUCCUCAUUUUCCCGAUCCUCAAAAUGGUUCGGAGUAGUGCCACCGCCUGGAGCUGCUCCCUGGCACUGGCACUGUCACUGACACUGGCCCUGGUGGCCCUCGUUGUGGCCACGUCCGCCUCCACCUCCGAUUAUCCCGGUGUCAUCGAGCUGGUGGGCUACAGCAAUCGCAGGGCGCGCGCCUACUUCCAGGAGGAGGAUCCCAAGCCCCAGGCCAAGCCCAAUCCGCCCUCGGCCAAGACUCGGGCGGACAUUGAGACGGUGAAGCGGAACAUUCGCAAGUACGACCGUCUGCUCGAGCUGGACACCAAGAACCUGCCCGAGCAGCAGAAGGAUAUGCUGGCCAGGAUCGUGGAGCGGGUGGCGCGACUCAAGGAGUCGCUGGACAUCGAGGAGCAGCAGUUCAGCCAGCAGCAGGAGGCCACCUCCUCCAGGACCAGCACCAGCAGCAGCAGCAGCACCUCCACGACCCAACGGCAGCAAACGGAAGCCGAAACGGAAACGGAGCAAGAACUGGCGCAGGAGCAGAGCACCCUGCCGCCCACUGGCUCCACGGAAACCGAAACAGACCCCACCCUGCUGCUCGAUGAGACGACGCUCCUGGAGCUGCAGCACACGAUGAACGAGCAGGCAGCGCUGCAGGCGGCCGUCACGCAGCAGACGACGCUCAUGAAGGAUCUGCCCACCACCACGGACUUCAGCCAGGAGGCAGGAGCCGGGACGAGCGACCACAACGAAGAGGAGGAGACGGGCGAGACGACCUCAGCGAAUCUCACGACGCAGCCAGAGAUCAGCCAGGAGACGGAGGAGCAGUCCCAGGAGGAGGAGGAGCAGGCGGCAGCAUCCACCACCAGCGACGAGGCCCUCACCGGUGCCACCGAUCCCGACGAUCAGUUCGUGGCCGCCCGCUCCAACAACAACAUUGCAGCCAUCACAGCGGCAGAUGCGGAUCCCAGCAGCAGCAGCACCACCACCACAGCCACGAGUGCGGGCAGCCAGCAGCGCACCCUCACGACGAUGGGGAAGCUGAAGCACCGCCAGGCCACCAAGCGACCCUUCGGCCACAAGGUCACGACGGCCCUGAAGCGCGGCGCCCAGCGGCCGAGCAGCAACAGCGCGGCGGCAGCCAAUGCGGCGGCUGCAUCCAAGCCGCCCAGCGGCAGCACCACCCAGAAGCAGAAGCUCUCCACCAACGCCAGCUACCAGCAGAAGCAGCAGACGAAGCCCCUGCAGAAGGUGACGCCUUCCCUUGGCACAUCAUCAUCCGCCUCCAUGCCGUCAUCAUCCUCUGCCCUGCCCUCGGCCACCACAAAUUCAGCUAAUUCCGGACUGCCCAUCGAGCAGCUGUACACACGCACCCCACAGGCCAACAUUCCUCCCCUGGCAGCAGCAGCAGCAGCAGCAGCAGCCUCAUCCUCUGCAGCAGCAGCAGCAGGAGCCCCAGGAGCAGCUGCCACCACUUACAGCAGCCAGCAGGAUAGCCUCGUCUACGAUGGCCAUGUGAAUGCCUCGGCGCUCAUCGACAGCCUCAGCACAAAUGCACGCGAGGAGUACUACCAGCAGAAGCUGGGAUCAGCGGCCAAUAACAAGGACAACAAGAAAACGGCGACAGCGAAACCAACGAAAUAUCAUUAUUAUCCGCACAAUCAACACAUCUAUCUGCUGCCCGAGUGCGCCAUCCAGCAGGUCUGCAACGCCGUCUACGUGCGACUCAACUACACCCAGCCCCUGUGUGCCUGUCCAUCAAGAUAUCGUGAUCCCUGCUCCGCCAGUCUGAAUGAAGAUGAUCAGCAUACCACAAAAUUGGUUGGUGAUAAUAAAAAGAAGGCCAUCACGCUGGCCAAGACCUGUGAGGCCACCACGGAGAUGCGAGAGUGCCGCUCGCCCAAGGACUGGUCCCUGCUGGCACUCCAAAACACACGGACUGGCAAGUCCCAUUACCUGGUCAUCUGUCGCUGUCCCGAUCACUUCAAAAUGGAGGGUCCCAUGGCCCAUGAUCAGCCCACAUAUGCGAGUGUGCCCGGCAUCCGAGUCUUUGGUAUGAUGUGCGUCAAGCCCGGCUACUCUGUCCGCAAGCCCAGCAGCCAGCCCCCGAAACGCUACCAGCUGCAGAAGCCCUUCUAUCGUCCCUCUGUGGGCGGUUCCAGCAGCUCCAUUGGCGGGCAGAAGGACAGCUACGGCAGACCCAUCUACGGGGGCAGCAGCAGCUCCUCCAGCAGCUCAUCCAAUCUCGGUGGAUCACCCAUCAGCUCCAACUAUCAGCCGCAGGACCAGCAGUCCUUCCAGAACGGAGGCCCCAGCAGCUCGUAUCAGUAUCUGAAUCGUCCCGAGAGCACCCACAGCAGCCACAGCUCCUCCUCGGCCAACUUCCGGCCCGAUCAGUUCUCCAUCAACAAUUUCCCGGGCAGCAACUACGGGCGGAACAACGAGCGACGCGGCGACAAGACGUCCAUUGAGGCAAUCGACCUUGACACCAUAACGACCGGCAUCGAGGAGUAUGAGAGCAGUACGCCGGCCAACGAGGAGGCAAGGACCACACUUCAGGCGCAGCAGCAGCAGGAAUCAGAGCCAGCGGCGGCGUCGCCCGUGACAACGCUCCCAGAGCCGGCUCUGGAAGGCAGCACUCGCAUCAGGCGCUCACUGGCGGAGACGAUGGACCACGAACUGGAGCCGGAGUUCCCCUGGGAUCGUGUCGUGGAGUUCCAGCAGAGCAUUGUCUGGGACUAGGAUGCACCACAGCCUAAUUCCUAGUAGAUACAAUUUCUUAUAGCACAGGGCACGCCUCUUUGCGUCAUUGUGCAACAAAACUACUGUGACUGAAGUGAGCGAGAGAGACAGAGAGGAUGAGAGAAGGGGAACGAAACGGAAUGGAACCAGAAGCGGAAACGGCAACGGCAAUGGAAGAAGAGAGACUACGUAACGUCACGUAACCCAACGUAACGUAACCGUAACCGUAAAUUAUUGGAUAAGCUUUUUUAUACAAACUUUUUAGGCAUUUCAAAUGGCAUUUCCCUCCCACUCCCGCUGCAGCAACUCCAGCUACCGCUCCACCCGCAUCCCCAUAUGCAUCUCCCUGAUGCUCCCCUGAUGAGCCCUUCUCUAAUUUAUAUAUUUAUUUAUAUUUAUACACAAAAGAACAAUUUACGAAUUAAUUAAACAAUUACAUGUGUCCGGGUCCGCCCGCGUCGCCCACUAAUUGUUUAAUUAAUUUGUUUUGCAUUUAAGCGUAAACAAGGCCUCAACUUUUUAUAAUAUUUAAAUAAUUAACGAAACGAGCUAGCGAAGAAACGAAGCGACAAGUGAGCAGAGAUAGUUAAGGUGCAACAACUUGAAACUAUUCGAAAAAUGGAAUCAUAACAAAAAAGCAAACAACAACAAAAAAAAAACAGAACAGAAGAAACUGAAGGAAAAACCGAAAUUAUGGAACACUAAAUUUAGUUGCUUAUUUAUGUCUAGAUCUAAGCUGCAUUUACUAGUAGUUAAAUAAACAAAAAACUAUUUUAAAAGUAACAU